UACGUACAAUCCGGAAGCCUGCCUUGUUGUGAAAUUUGAGGAAAUCAAUUCUGGGCGAAGUUCACUUGCAAAAGUGGGAUAAAAACAAAACAUUAAUAAUCAGAUUUCGGGGGUGAGCAUGGAGGUAAGAGUAGCUGGUAUUAGAAACUUUUAAGCAUAAUAAAGAAGACUCGCCUUUGUCUUCAAAGGUGAUGGUCUUUGGCUGUCACAAACACAACUGUGGUGGCCUUGUUACGAAGCAGAGCACCCGGUCGGCCUGAUUGGUUAUCCCUUUUUAUUAAUCAAAUCGGUUAAUUUAACUUCUCCCUAAUCUCUUUCAAACUUUAGAGACGGUUAAUCCUACACACCUGGGUGUUUGAGUCAAAUAUACUGCUCCUGGUGUAAAUUAAGUGUUUAAAGAGACCAACCCAGCCCUGAAACAGCUUAUUUAGACGUUAAACAUCUACAUUUAAGUUGUAAAAUUAAUCUUUUUGUCGGUAAAUAUGUUCUUUAAACAUGUAACAUUAAUACUUAAUUAGAGGAUUUCAUCGGACCAAACCACUGGAAGGGAUCGGAGUUAAGAAAUGCCGCCAGGCGGCCGUGAAACGCUAAAAUAUCUGAGAUUUUAGUCUUUAAAACAUUUUAAAUAGUCUUUUCGACGACAUAAUGUUGGGUUUUUAGCUGCUACACUCCAUGUCAGACGCGAACAUGUAUUUUUAAAGCCACUGCACAAGAGUUUAAAGUAAUUUUUGGUUGAUUAAUGUCGAGAGGAAUAUAAUGACAUGUGACUUCCUGUCACAGCUUUCAAAAUAAAAUCAGGAAACAUCUUUAUAACUAUGAAACAUACAAUCUUUUGAGUUUUAAGCAAUAUGUUGCCUACUGUUCAGUUCGUCAACAUAAAUCCAUAAUCAAACUUUUUUUUAAAUAGGUCACUUAAAUUUAGGUAUCAAAACAGUUGUGACAAAAUUGUUUGACAUUUUACAACAGAAAAAUAAACGGGAAAACAACACUGAAAGCAAAACCCGUGGAUUUUAUACAGUACACACAGAAAUUGAAUCAGUAAUAGCUGUUAACAACAACACAACUACAACUAAAUUAUAUUAAUGUGAUAACAAAAAUAAGGUAAAUAUUUACUAUUAAUCAACAAAUAAACAAACAAAUGAGUACUAUAAUAAUUAAUACUAAACUAUAAUAAGCAUUAAACGAAAUAGUGUGGUAUGUGCAAGCCUGUAUGAUUAAAGUUAAAUUUUUUUUUGGUCUGUAAUGGUGGGCUAACAUUAAUGAUACCAUGUCUAUGUGACCUCAAACAUAUUGACAUUUCUAUAGCGUAUUGUAACUUCUUGUUACUUAUCGGGUCAACGUUUGUACCAAUAUUUGAGAUAAGGUAAAAUAGUCCAAUAAAGUCGACCGUACUGACCUCAGGCUGCGUGUCACUUGUAGUUCUGUAAUUUGAUUGCAUAUUUUUAGCUAAUUUGCACUGCUAAAGUAACAUAGUCCUAAAUUUCUUUUUUAAUCAAAUUAACUGACACACAGAAAACAUGCCGUCAUUUAGUGUUAUUCCAGUAAAGAUAUUCCUGGUCUCUGGGCAAAUAUGAUUAUUUCCAGGGUGGAGAAGGGAAAAAAUAAGCGAGGCAAAACUCCAACACUUUGUAUAAAGACCAGCUUAAUUGUGACACCAACCUCUGUCGACAUCUUAAAACACAUUUAGCUCUCCCUACAUGACAGAAAAUUUGCUGUUUAGCGUAAUAAAAUAUAUUGGUAUUGUUAAAGGUGAUAGCUAGUGUUACUUAGAUUACAUCAAAACAUUUUUGGUAUCGCCCACUCCCAUUAGGAGGUGUGUAUGUGUGUCACAGGUUUAUCCAGGCAUGGUUGUGACACCUGUUUUGUCAACGUAAUAAUAUAAUAUAAUAGUCUUUACAAGAAUCAAUAAUACAAGUUAUAAAAUAGUUAAAACAUAAAGGCAGGUAAAACAAAAACAAAACAUGAAAUAAAAGUAAUUUCCAAAUUGUACUUUUAUUACAUGUAAAAUCAUGGAAGGCUCUUUGAUAGAAAUAUGUUUUUACAAGGGAUUUAAAAGACCGGACCUGAUUUCCUCGCGUAGAUUUUUCCAGAGCCUCUGUGUCCUGGCUGGAAACGUUCUGACCCCUCUCAAUUUCAGCUGUAAAAUUCCAUACAUUUUGCGAGACACUACAGGUGAAUAGGGUAAAAUAAUGUACCUAACAGAUAUCAACAUCAAACAUCCCCGUGUUAAUAUCUUACAUUAAGACAAUUACUUUUUUAGUAUUGCAGGUUUUCGGAAAUUCUAUGUUUAAAUAUGCAAAUGAGGUCAUAUCUAAUGAGAUGUGCUAAUUUGUAUCUAUUUCAAGGACUGAAAUUUGAACACUGGAUUAUGUCAGAAUCAAAAUUAUUGUUUUAUUUUGUUGAUAGAAUGUUUUUACUGAGUGAAUUUGGGAUUUCUCUUUUUAUUACUCCAUAAAUCAGAAAAUACUGUUGAUAUCUUACAAUACAUUUUUUUUUUAUACAACUACAAUACAGUUGUCUUACACGACAAUUAUUUUUUGUAUUAAAAGUUUUCUGAAAUGUUAUGUUUAAAUAUGCAAAUGAGGCCGUAUCUAAUGCUAACUGUUGGUGAAAUUUGUUGACAAACUGUAGUAAAAUAAACACUUAAUUGUGUAUUUAUUGGGCGUUUUCUUUCCACUAGUCUGAAAGAAGACAUGUUGAGGAAGCAAAUGAUCCCAAGUUAGCUUAUCAUCUUUUAUUUUGAAACUCUUAUCACUCAACAUCCGGCCUCGUCCUCGUUUAACGGCCCUGGCUUCCCCAUCUAAUGAUCCGUGGCUCGGGAUCCAUUGAGCAGCCUGGCCCGGGCCAACACGAAGCGAAAACGGGGAUCCGGGUCUGCCUUCCUUCCCUGUCAGACACCUUGAAACGAUCAUUGUCGUCUCCCAGACCACCAAAUCAGCAUUAACAGUUCGUUAAACGUGUAUCGAUGUAUCUGCUAGCUGCGGCCAUUGAUUGAAUGAGACGUUCGAGGACCGACAGACAAUCGGGCGCCAGGCUGGUCGUGAAGUGAGGGGUGACUGCAGCCUUGCGUCAAAGCCAGCUAGCUAAACCGUGUUGGUAGGACAAGUCAUCAGUAAAGACCGGUAGCCGCCACGUUAACUUACCUCGGUGGCUAGCCAGACGGUAGCAGGCGGGUUAUUUUCGGCACCGUAACGUUACACAUGCUUCGUUUUAGUCGCGUUGUGUAGCCGAACAUCUGUGCAAAAGGCUGUCAGCUGUUUCAUAAGACAUAACGUUACAGCUAAUCUUGACUCUGUGUUUUCUGGGGGAUUAGAAUCUAACCAGAAACCAAUUUAACCCACACGUUUUCAAGCAUAGGUUAAAUACUGGGACAUUUCUUGUAAUUGUGUAAGAUCUUGUUGAUUUUGAAGAGGGGCCUCAUAGCUGGCAUAUAUGAGGCCCAGUUGAAAAGAUGGACCUGAAUUUUUAUUCGGAUUUAACGGACGGCACCGGGCAGCACGACGGUGAUCCGGAGUUCUUGGAUCCGCAGUCUUUCAAUGGCUUUGACACUGACAACAAGUUCCCUGGAGGCAGUGACAACUACCUGACUAUUCCUGGGUCUGGUCACCCCUUCCUCUCUUCAGAGACGUUCCACACUCCCAGCCUCGGCGAUGAGGAGUUCGAGAUACCUCCCAUCUCUUUGGACCCAGACUCGGCCCUCACAGUGUCCGAUGUGGUGUCCCAUUUCGGGGAGCUGUCGGACACCGGCCCCUCCGACAGCGUGGUUGUGCCCGGCAACGCUGUGGUGGAAGGGGACGACCCCUCGUUCGCCUCGACUUUCGUCAACGCCCCCUCGCAGGGAUUGGAGCACCUGAGUCUGGGAGUCAUCAACCAGUCAGGAGGAAGUGCUUUGCUGGGGUCGUCACUGGGAAUGGAUCUCGGACAUCCCAUCGGCUCUCAGUUCAGCAGCUCGUCCCCGGUGACCAUCGACGUCCCGCUGGGUGACAUGAGCCAGGGCUUGCUGGGGUCCAACCAGCUUACCACUAUCGACCAGUCAGAGCUCAGCGCUCAACUGGGGCUCGGCUUGGGAGGCGGAAGCAUACUGCAACACGCCCAGUCGCCUGAACACCCUCUGUCAGCCACGGCGUCGCCAACCAGCUCGCUCCAGGAUGACGACAUGGACGACUUUAGACGGAGCGUCCUGGUUGAAUCUCCCGUCUCGCUCGCCGUCUCUCCCGGAGUCAUCUCCCUCGGUCCCUCUCUGUCCGACUCCCCGCUCUCUGCCCCCGCCUCCAGCCUCUCUUUAGCUGUUGGAAGGAAAGGGGGCGUGGGAGGAGGGAAGAAGGGGAAGAAGAAGAAAGACCCCAACGAGCCCCAGAAACCUGUGUCCGCCUACGCUUUGUUCUUCAGGGACACACAGGCAGCUAUUAAGGGCCAAAAUCCCAACGCCACGUUUGGAGAAGUUUCCAAGAUCGUGGCCUCCAUGUGGGACAGCCUGGGGGAAGAGCAGAAACAGGUUUACAAGAGGAAAAACGAAGCAGCGAAGAAAGACUACUUGAAGGCGCUGGCCGAGUACAGAGCCGGCCAGCUUUCUCAGGCUCCUAUUGAAGUCAUGGACACCGCCCCAUCACCACCAUCUCCAGCCCCGCCCCCCGCUGUUACAGCCACACCUGCCGCCACCCUAGCCGCUCGCGCCACCAGGUCACAGCAUUACAACCCCGAGGAGAACACCAUCACCAACAUCUGCACCUCCAACAUCAUCGUGGACCUGCCUCAGGUCACCACACGCUCCCGCACCGGCGCCAUUAAACCCCAACCUCCGCCUGUCACCGCCCCGCCGAACCCCCCCACUGUCACCAAGAUCAUCAUCAAGCAGACGCAGCUGCCCUCUGGCGCCGUGUCUGUCACGGCGACGCCGGCCUCCUCGCCGCGCCAGCCACCGCCGCUGCAGCAGAUGCAGAGCACCCCUCCUCCGCCUCGGCUGCAGCAGAUGGUGCACGCCCAGGCCCCUCCACCUCUGCAGGCCAAACCACGAGGUGCUGCCACAGCUCCGCCUCCGCUGCAGAUCAAGGUCGUCCCAUCGUCGCGGCAAUCGGACUCAAGCACGCCCAUCAUUGUGACGUCAGCCGGUGAAACGUGCAUGUCGAUGUCCGCCGGUCUGGCGGUGGAGAUGGAACAGUCGGGUGAUGUAGUGACGGGAGGAGAGGAAGUGGCAGAGGAAGGGAUGGAGGUUGAGGUGAAUGUUGCCCCCAUCCCGAGUGUGACUCCCACUGCCAGCCGAAACAUUUGUGUGCGCGCCGGCUGCAGCAACCCCGCUGUGGAGAGCAAAGACUGGGACAAGGAGUACUGCAGCAACGAGUGCGUCGCCACACACUGCAGAGACGUGUUCAUGGCCUGGUGUUCGAUCCGAGGGCAGAACUCCACCACCGUCACAUAGGGGAGGGACGCAUCCUGACGAAGGAGCGCUGCACUGAGAGAACAAGGGACAAAGGACAACACAUGAAAUGCAAAUGAAAAGAGAAAUGAAUGAAUGAUGAGGCUCGGGUAUUGGUACAAAAUGGUUUAUCAUGUCAUCUUGGUGACAGGAAGAGGAAGACAAGACGAGUCACGGAAAAGUAUUUAAAAAUUACUGCAGGAUACUUUUCUGUGAUCGACCCCCCCCACCCCCCGUCCAGCAGAGGAACACAGAUGAAUAAUAAUACAGAAGAAAACACAGACUGAAGACCCCCCCCCCCCCCCCCCGACUUUCCUUAUUGAUCAUCUAUUGUGAAUUUGACAUAUGGACUUGAUUGAUAAAAAAAGAAAUAGAACAUUUUAUGGUGUUUUUAAUUGUUUUGAAAAGAAAAAAGUGCAGGAAGAAGAUCAUGAUGAUGAAUUCAGUUCAUUUUUUAUUCAUUUCGUAAAUUCCACCUCAUCUGUGUAAAUGCUUUUCCCUUUACUGUUACAUUGAGGAUUUGGUUAGAAAUCUGAGCUUUUUUGUUUAAUUGUUCCUCAGUAAUGUGCGGGUGCUUUGGCGUUGAGGGGGUCGGUGACCACUUCAGAGAUUUAAUGUACAAACGAGCAACAAGUGGGCAAAGCACAAACAGUCUUAAAGGUCGUUUGGAGUCGAAGAGGAGGGUCAAAUGUUUGUAAGAAGACAUUUUGAGACUACCUGGAAAUGAAUCUGCCGCAGGCCAAAUGGCGUUUGUCAUCUUUUGGAAAAGGAUUUUAAAUUAAAACUUAAAACAGGUGCUAAAAUUCAGGAAAGAAAACGGCUCUAGCGUUCUCUGUACUCCUCUCCUGCUGAAAUACCACGCGACAUAAGAGCUUUUUAAAUGUGUGGUGCAUAUUUUCUUUUAUGAGGAAUAUUUGUAGUGAAAAUUGGUGUUUGAGAAUAAAAAAUAUAUAUAUAUAUAUAUAUAUAUAGGAAUGACAUAAAAGCACCAGCUCUGGAAAAACACUACAGUAAGAGUAAAGGGAAGACAGUAUAAAAGCUUUACUUUCUAACAUAACAACAGUUUACUUUCACAAAUUGCUUUCAGGUCUGUUGAGUAAUCAAGUGAAGGGGUGUUUGCUUCCAAAAAGAAAACCUGUUCCCAGUUAGAUGAAAUGAAGCAGCAGGUCAGUCGGGUUUAUUGUAGAUAUCCUGAAAAUGUUUUUAACGGUGAAAUAAAAUAUUUUAUGUUUUAAUAUA